UAUUUUUAAUAAUAUUUUUUUUAUUUAUUUGAUCUUAAAAUUUAUAAAUAUCAUUUAUAUUCAUAAUUUUGAUAAAAAUUACACUAAAUUAAUUUUAUAUAUUCUAUUUGUGUGUUUUAUAUAAUCUUAAACAUGAAAAUGUAUUAAUAUUAUACACAACUAAAGAUUAACAUGUUUUAUAACAUAAUAAACAAUCUAAAAAUUUCGCCCCGCAUAAUCUCCAAUUUUCUCUUUAGGCGUUAUGCCGAACCCGACCGUCCGACUAGUGCCUAGCGCGUUUCCGAACAGGAAUUUUAAAUAGAAGAAAGAGAUGAGAGGAACCUUCUGAAUAUUUUUAUAAUUUUAUGAUAAUUCACCAUUAAUAUUUUAAUAGUGUACCUAAUUUUAGUUAUGCUAAUCCCCUCCAAGAAGUUAAGAAUAAGUUGAUUAAAGCAAAUGUUGGUGAUUAGAUUAUAUAAAUUGGAUGAUCACACUACAAGAAAACAAAGCAAAUACCAAAAAAAAAAGAGAUUCUGAUAACAAAACAGUUGUGAAGAACUAGCUAGUGAUAUCUUUCUGAUGGAUAUAUAAUUCUAUCAGUUUUUCUGACAAAAUAACGUUAAUAGGUGUUUUAAACCAUUUUCGAUAUAAUUUUCUGUUGGAUUUGAGCUAAAUUUCCCGCACAAUCAGAUCAAUUAAUUAAAACCUUUUAUAAUAAAAUUGAUUCAAUUAUUCUUUCAUAUUCGAGAUGCUUCUCAUUAUAUAUCAAAUCACUAUAAAUUUUUUUUCUGCUGUUAUAACAUUUAUUUGAUAUAUCGAUUUAAAACUUAGCUAACAAAAAAACUCAGAGACAUCCAUUGAUAUACAAUUCAUUUAUAAAUAUGAAAUAAUAGAAAUGAGUUAACAAAAUAAGUGGAUUUAAAAGAAUUUCUUUUUCUACAGAAAAUUUUACUCGUUAAAAGGAUAAAAUAUUGUGUUUACCUAAUAUCCUCUCAACGAAACUCCAAACAUCAUAACUUUUACCUAAAUUUUAACACCUAACAAUGUAUAAUAAACAUAUUUUUUGGUUUGAAUCUUUAUAAUAGUGUGUCUUUUAUUUUAAUAGUCGCGACAUGAUGACUUUUUUUGUGUGUAAGCUACAUGAUGAUUCUGUCUUGCAUUUCUACCAACAAAAUGAAACUGAUCCCUAUGUAAUGUUUGCAUGUCUCUUCUCUUCACGUGAGUUUCGCCAUUGUUUACGGCCAUGCUAUGAGUGGUUAUAAAUUAUAGGGAUCUCUAAAUUAUAAUCCAUACAAGAAGGACGGUAAUUAUAGCCAUCUCUUCAAGUGAGUUUCGCCUUUGAAUUCUGCAAUCUCGAUAAUGGUUUCCAUCUUUUGGUUGGUAUUUAAAAUGUUAUAAAGUUUGAAGUAGUAUAUGAUUUACAUGAUCUAGAAAUUGAUUCUGAAAACCUUUAUAUAGGAUAAGAAAGAGAGGGUGCUUAGUAUUUAGAAAAAUUACAGAAUCAAAUAUGGUUACUAAAGACUUCCAUUAUCGAUGUGACUAGGAUCUUCAAAAUAUAUAUAGCUUAUUUUCGGGUUUGGCGUUUCACUAGAGAAAAAUAUAAUGUAUAAUAUUUUCGGGUUUGGCGUUUCAAAAGCUAACAAAAAUAAAUUCUUCAACUGCAUAUCUUCUUAUAUGAUUAAAGCUUCAUGUGCGUUUUGCCUUUGUUGACAAUCAUACGAUUUAUAUAACUUUUUUCUCGUACAACAAUAAACAAAAAUAACAAUAUUCUUAUAAUGUUGCCUACUUAUGUGGAGGCUUUCUGAAGCAUCUCACUCACAAAUCACAAUAACAAUUUCCUUCUUUUUUCUGUUUUAAGGUAACAAUCAACGAAUCAAAGAUAGUGCACACUUUGAUAUUACCAUGAGAAUCACGAAGAGUCGAGCACACUUUGCUACAAAUUACGUCAUCAUGCUUAUGAUUAUUCUGCUUCUCAUCAUGUUUAACACCGUGGUUGCCAGGGGUGGUGGUGGUCACGGUGGCGGUGGUGGUGCUCACGGCGGAGGAGGGCGUCACGGAGGUGGUGGUGAAGGCCGUGGUGGGCAUGGAGAAGAAGAAGGAGGGCGAGGGAUCGGAGGGGCAGGCGGUAUGGUUCAUCGACCACGACCAUUGACAAGGAGUGGAGAGUCUGCACUAAACCCUUUUGCGGGUGUAUCUGCUGCGACUAUUCUACUGAUCAUCGUUUUUCUAUUUAACUAGAGCUUAAAUGUGUCUUCGCUAUCAAGGAAUUUUUAGGAAUUGAUUUUGUUAGGUAAGCUGUGUGAUCGUUAGUUUUAAGAAGAUUUGUCUUCGACUCUUUGUGUUGUUUAGACACAUGAAUGACAAUUAGUAAGAAAAUGAUGUUUCCUUUGUUUUAGAAAAUAUAAUUUUGCAAAUACGCUUUUGCUAGUUCCUUCUUCCUAAAACCAAACUUAAGAUAAAUCUUACAUAUCGCUUACCAGAUAAACUUAACAGAAAAUACCUCCGGCAAUUUCUGUUACAGUUCGCAUUAUUAAAUUUUUGUUUGAAUACUUAUUCGACACUCCAAACAUAAAGAUAUGAUAUGAAACCGUGGAAGGAGUAAUGAGUCUUCCUCACGUAGCUUUAACAACGGUCUUGAUACUCCC